UUCCUUUCUUUACUUUCUUUCUGUUUAGUCUUUAGAAACUUAUUUUCAAAUUUCAAAACUCUCUUUUCUCUUUCUAAAACUCCAUAGCUACGAAACUGAGCUCCAUUCUCAACCCAGAACGACCCACAUGCGAUUCUGCACUCCAAUCUCCAAAUCAUGUCUCUCCUCAGCAGAUUCUUCUACAAGAGACCCCCAGAUGGCUUACUCGAAUUCAUCGAGAGAGUUUACGUCUUCGAUUCAUGCUUCUGCACCGAAGCAUUACCCGACGGAAUGUACCAGCUUUACCUUCACGAAAUCGUCACCGAAUUGCACGAAGAGUUUCCAGAAUCUUCCUUUCUCGCCGUCAAUUUUCGCGACGGCGGGAAGCGGAGCACCUUCGCCGAGAUCCUCUGCGAGUUCGAUGUGACGGUGAUGGAUUAUCCGAAGCAGUACGAGGGUUGCCCUCUUCUGCCACUGUCUCUUGUUCAGCAUUUCCUUCGCGUUUGUGAGAGUUGGCUUUCACUUGGGAACCACCAGAACGUGAUCUUGUUCCACUGUGAGAGAGGUGGUUGGCCCCUCUUGGCGUCCCUUCUCGCUAGCUUCUUGAUUUUCAGAAGGGUCCAUAGUGGUGAGCGUAGAACCCUUGAAAUGGUGCAUAGAGAAGCACCUAAGGGUUUGUUGCAGUUGUUGUCACCGUUGAACCCUUUGCCUUCUCAGCUUCGUUACCUUCAGUAUGUGGCAAGGAGGAACAUUGCACCUGAGUGGCCACCACCUGAGCGAGCUUUGUCUCUGGAUUGUGUCUUCCUUAGAGGGAUUCCUGGUUUUGAUUCGCAGAACGGGUGCCGACCCAUGUUCAGGAUUUUCGGCAGGAAUUUGUUAUCCAAUGGUGGUCUUUCCACCCAGAUGAUUUACUCCAUGCAUAAGAAGAAGAAGACCUUGAGGCAUUACCGCCAGGCGGACUGUGAUGUGAUUAAGAUUGAUAUUCAGUGUUUAGUGCAAGGGGAUGUGGUAUUGGAGUGUGUUCAUUUGGAUUUGGAUCCGGAGAGGGAAGUCAUGAUGUUUCGUGUGAUGUUCAACACGGCUUUUAUUCGAUCCAACAUAUUGAUGCUGAACUCUGAAAACCUGGACAUUCUUUGGGAUUCCAAGGAACGCUAUCCAAAAGGCUUCCGGGCUGAGGUUUUGUUUGGGGAGGUUGAUAGCAUAAGUCCUCCAAGGGCUCCAACAACAACCAUUUUAAAUGGCGAGGAGAAAGGUGGAUUGCCCAUUGAAGCCUUUUCAAGAGUUCAAGAACUUUUUAGUGGCAUAGAAUGGGUUGACAGUGAUGAUGCUGCCGCCGUGUGGCUGCUUAAACAACUUACAGUCUUAAAUGAUGCCAAAGAGUUUUCAAGGUUGCAAGGUAAAGGAAGUUUGUAUUCAUCACCUGCUGACUCUGAAGAAGAAAAUAAUGAAUCAAGCACUGCUGAUUGUUCAGAUGAGGCCUUCGAUGUUAUUCCCAAGUCUUCUGCUGAUCCUUCAAAAUUAUUGAUGUCGGAUACCCCUGAUUUGGUCCAUAUAACACCUGAUCAGUCAUUGGCUGAGAAUGUUUCAUCACCUCAUCAUGCUCCAAGUAAGGAAUAUUCACCUCUUUCAUCUCCGUCAUCACCUUCCGCAGUUCCGGCUAUGCAACCUCUGCUUCCAACACCAGCACAAGCACCACCACCACCUCAGCUUCCAACUCCACCUCCAUCAUCGUCUAAUACGGAGCCUCUUUCCAAUAAAGAUUCUCCUCCUCCACCAAUGUCUAAUAAAGAAGGCCCUCUAGCUACACCCCCACCUCCACCCCCACCUCCACCCCCUCCUCCUCUAGGUCAUAAUGUCAAUAGUACCCCCAUUCCACCUCCUCCAGAACCUGUGCGAACAAGCUCAGCUCUGCCACCUCCACCUCCACCACCUCCUCCUCCAGGUCGGACAGGUUUAGUGCCACCACCUCCACCCCCACCUCCACCACCUUCCUUAGGUUGUAACACUAAUAAUGCUACUAUUCCGCCUCCACCUCCCAUAGUUCACCACAUUGUUGACAAUGCUUCUACAUUGCCACCACCGCCACCACCACCACCACCACCACCUCCUCCUCCUCUAGGUCAUAAUGUCAAUAGUACCCCCAUUCCACCUCCACCUCCUCCUCCUCCAGGUCGGACAGGUUUAGUGCCACCACCUCCACCCCCACCUCCACCUCAACCUUCUGGUUCUGUACGAGCAGGUUCAGCCCCACCUCCUCCACCUCCGCCUCCGCUAGGUCCGUCACGAACAAGUUCAACCCCACCGCCUCCACCUCCACCUCCUCCAGGUUCUACACGAAUGAGUUCAGCCCCACCACCUCCACCUCCACCUCCUUCGGGUUCUACACGAACAGGUUCAGCCCCGCCACCUCCACCUCCACCUCCUUCAGGUUCUACACGAACAGGUUCAGCCCCGCCACCUCCACCUCCUCCGGGUGCACGAACAAGUUCAACUCCACCUCCGCCGCCAGCUCCUCCUGGACCUGUAAGGACUGGUUCAGCUCCACCUGCACCAAAGCCUCCAAGUGCUCCUCCUCCACCAAAUGGUCGUGGUUCAUCACCAGCGCCACCUCCACCUCCUGCAGCCAGGACUUCCUCUGUUGUGCCACCACCGCCAGGUAAACCUUCUUCAGUACCAGCAAAUGUUGGAAGAGGUCGUGGGACUGCUAAUGCUCCUAAGAAAACUUUGUUAAAGCCCCUACAUUGGGUGAAAGUUGCUCGAGCAACACAAGGGAGUUUGUGGGCUGAUUCACAGAAACAAGGCAAUGUUUCAAGGGCUCCUGAAAUUGAUAUAUCGGAACUUGAGAGCCUGUUUUCAGCAGCAUCAACUUCUGAUGGGAGCAGUACUAAAGGUGGAGGUCGCCGUGGUUCUAAUAUUAACAAACCUGAGAAAAUACAAUUGGUUGAUUUGCGUAGAGCAUAUAAUUGUGAAAUAAUGCUCUCCAAAAUAAAAAUUCCUUUGCCAGAUAUGCUUAAUGCAAUUCUGGCGUUGGAUUCUUCUGUUCUGGAUAUUGAUCAGGUUGAGAAUCUCAUCAAAUUCUGUCCCACAAAGGAAGAGAUGGAGAUGUUGAAGAAUUAUACAGGGAACAAGGAUAUGCUUGGAAAGUGUGAGCAGUUUUUUAUGGAGCUGAUGAAGGUCCCACGAGUGGAAUCCAAGUUAAGGGUGUUUGCUUUUAAAAUAACCUUUAAUACUCAGGUGAGCGAUUUAAGGUUAAAUUUGAACACAAUCAAUGGUGCAGCUAGAGAGGUGAAAGAAUCUGGGAAAUUGCGUCAGAUAAUGCAGACUAUUCUUACUUUGGGCAAUGCCCUGAAUCAGGGAACUGCACGAGGAUCAGCAGUAGGAUUCAAGUUGGAUAGCCUUCUUAAAUUAUCUGAUACUCGUGCAAGAAAUAACAAAAUGACUUUAAUGCAUUAUUUGUGUAAGCUGAUUGCUGAGAAAAUGCCCGAAUUGCUAGAUUUUGACAAGGAUCUUGUCCAUUUGGAAGCAGCUUCUAAGAUCCAACUAAAAGCAUUAGCUGAAGAAAUGCAAGCGGUAAGCAAAGGUUUAGAGAAAGUUGAGCAGGAACUCAGUGCUUCUGAAAACGAUGGAAUUAUAUGUUCAGGAUUUUGCAAGGUGUUGAAGAAUUUUCUGCAUACUGCCGAAGCUGACGUGAGGUCACUUACAUCAUUGUAUUCUGAAGUGGGUAGAAGUGCAGAUUCUUUGUCCCAGUACUUUGGGGAGGAUCCAGCUAGGUGCCCCUUUGAACAAGUGACACAGAUACUUGUUGUCUUUGUCAAGAUGUUCAAGAAGUCAAGGGAGGAGAACGAAAAACAAGCAGAUGCUGAGAAAAAGAAAUUAGAAAAAGAAGCCAUGAAGGAGAAGGCAGCAAUUAACACGCAUUCCAAAAAAGAGGGCGUUCGGUAAAUAGUACAUAAACAAGCAAUAAGCUGGUUACUUUCAGUUCAAGCAUACUGCUUCAUACAUUUUGGACCAUCUCAAAUGCAAUUCAUGCAUAUACACGCACCAUUGGGAUCUCCACCUUACACGACAAUGCCGGCCGGUGUGCCUGGUUUUUGAGUUCCUUCUAGUUGCACCAACAAGCACUGCCCUUUAAACUGAUAAAGGAGAAUUACAUUAACAGGCUGGUGAUCUUUUGUAAUUAUACCACUAGGCAACUAGUAUAGGAAAUUCAUGUUCGUUCCUCUUUAAAAUAGAAGAGGUAUUGAAAACAGAGAGAACAAAGAAAACUGAAUGUAUGAGAGAUUCUAAUAUUCUGAAUAUCUCAAAUGAUUACAACAGUGAGAGUUCAAUAUAUAAAUAGUUAUAGGAAUUGUAAAACUAACUAAUAACAGUGCUAACAAACUCUUAAUCAGAGAAUACAACUAGCUCUAAUUGAAUCGAGACUAUACUCUUUUUUUUUUA